AUGACUCCGAAAGCUGGUGAAACCGUUGUCGAAAAAAUGGAAGUUGACGAAGUAAAGCCGGAGACUCAAGAGAAGAAAGAACCUGUAAAAGAUCUUAAUGCCAUUGCAGUUGAAAGCAUCAAAGAACAGCUGGCAGCACUAGAUAAAGGCGAGGAGCAUUUGGUAACCCGAGUGUUGCAAGUUCUACCAAAAACUCGGAAACAGCUGAACGACAUCGUUUUACAUAAACUCGUAUCGGCGCAUUUGAGCAGUGAUUCUCAAUUUGGCGAAUCUCUUCUCAAAUACUUGCACUACACUCCUCCACCAGCUGACACUGAAGUUCAGCCCAUGGACACAACGACACCUAAAUCGAAGUCACCAAAGAAAGCUAUGAAGCCAGUGUAUUCUUCACCAGAGUCUGAUUGCUACGUGCGCCUUCUGGUAUUGCUUCACCUUUAUGCCCAAAAGAAGCAUGCGGAGGCUCUCACUUUAGGCGAGCAACAGCUCACAUUCAUUUACAAUACUGACAAGAGGACACUUGAUGGGCUUGCAGCCAAGACGCUCUAUUUCCUUUGUGUUAUCUAUGAACGCGAGGGUCGUCUUUUUGACCUUCAGGGCUUCUUGAAUUCUCGGCUUCGUACUGCAACUCUUCGUCAUUUCAACGAGUCGCAAGCAGUUCUCAUUUGUUGGCUUCUUCGUUGCUAUUUGAUCAACCAUCAAUAUCAGUCUGCGGCUCAUCUUGUCUCUAAAGUAGCCUUCCCAGAAAAUGCAUCCAACAAUGACCUCGCUCGCUACAUGUACUACCAAGGACGUAUCAAGGCUCUUCAACUCGAUUAUAAUUCAGCUGCCGGAUACUUUCUCCAAGCCCAACGAAAAGCUCCUCAAGAAGGUGCUAUCGGAUUCAAGCAAGCUGUUCAAAAAUGGGUUGUGGUUAUCGGUCUGCUUCAAGGAGAAAUUCCGGAUCGCAGUGUAUUCCGUCAGCCGAUUUACCGUAAAUGUUUGGCCCACUACUUGGAUCUCAGUCGAGGUGUUCGUGAUGGAGAUGUUGCGCGUUUCAAUCAUAAUUUGGAGCAGCACAAGGCAGAAUUCGAGGCAGAUGAUACACUCACAUUGAUUGUUCGUCUUCGUCAAAACGUCAUCAAAACCGCUAUUAAGCAAAUUUCCUUGGCAUAUUCAAGAAUCUACAUCAAAGAUAUUGCCAAAAAAUUGUACAUGACAAAUGAGACGGAAACUGAAUAUAUUGUGGCUAAAGCUAUCGCCGAUGGAGCCAUUGAUGCAGUCAUUACAUCAGACGUUCGCGACGGACCAAGAUACAUGCAGAGUUCUGAGACUGCUGACAUAUACCGUACUUCAGAGCCACAAGCUCACUUCGAUACUCGCAUCCGUUAUUGCCUCGAAUUGCACAACCAAGCCGUAAAAGCGCUCAGAUAUCCACCCAAGAAGAAGAUUGCUGUGGAAACUAUCGAGCAAGCUCGUGAGCGAGAGCAACAAGAGUUGGAAUUUGCCAAGGAGUUGGCUGAUGAGGAAGAAGACGACUUCUAG